AUUGAGCACAGGUGUUGCUCAACUGUACGACGAGAUGGCUCCUGUAAAACUGAAGAACAUUGUUUCAUUCAGCUCUCAAGAUGCAGACCAUUGUGCAAGAAACCUGCUUGAAACCAACCAAUGGAGACGCUGGCUGUGUGCUCCCAGUGACCGAUCAGGAUCAGUUCAAGUGGAGUUUCAGUUGGAGAGAGCUGUUAAGAUUGGAUUCAUAGACAUAGGGAACUAUGGUUCAGCAUUGAUUGAGAUGCUAGUGCGUCGGUCCUCAGCAUCCGAUGAUCAGUUCAAGACUCUGGUACCAACCACAAGCUGUAUGACACCCAUGGAUAGUAAGCAAGGCAAAAACAAGACCGGAGUUAAGAUGUUCUCUAGAGAUCAGCUUUGUGAGGAUGCUCGUGAGGAGUAUUGGGAUCGGAUCAAGGUGGUUUGUAGACAGCCUUUCAAGAAAGAUACUCAGUUUGGUCUCGCUUUUAUCAAGAUCAGUUCGAUGGAGCAGAAGGAGACAGGAAGUGAAGAUAGACUGACUAAUAACAUGCAUACGGAGAGAAAGCAGCCGGUCCAGAAGCCUAAGCCUGUCCAGAAACCACAAGAUAGAGUCUCUAUCCUAUCACCGUCAUGGAAGUCAAAUGCAGCUUUCCAGAAAACAUUUAAUAAUAUCAAUCAAGGAGAGAGUACUGCAACCUCAAACCUUAAGGACAGACUGGUCAGGAUAGAGUCUACAUCAGAAUCUAAGUCUCAGAGUGGACAUUCCUUGGGCAGAGCUGCUCAGCUGAUCCUAGCUGCAUCGGGAAAGAGAACGCCAUCUUCUCCCUCUCGGACCGCACCAAUCAACAACGAAAACCCAUCAGCAUCAUCACUGUUAGCAACCACCCCAAUAGCAUCAUCAUCAUCAUCAUCAUCAUCCACGUCAUUCAAGAGAGGGAAAGGAAAGAACAAUAUAUCUGUUUUAGAGCAGCCGCCUGAUGAUGCAGUGAUUCUUCUUGAGGAACAGGUCAAGGAGUUUUUGGCCCACAUUGGCCCAGCGUUAAAAGAUGCUACUCUCACAGAACUGAGACCAAAGUUUGAGAGUUGUUUAGGUAGGAAGCUAGCGAAGAAUGAGAAAGCAAUCUUCAAGCGUCUAGCGAUCCAUGCUGUGGAAGCCCUGGAUGACCCUGCCGGUACUGAUAUACCAGACAUUGGACUAAGAAGGACUAGUAAAAAAGAGAAUGGAUGGUUACAAGCCAAACCCACCCCUAAUAUUCCAAACAUUGGACUGAGCAAUAAGGACAUUAACUCAGGAUGGUUACACGCUAAACCCUCUCCAAAUGCUGGACUCAGCAGGAAUAACAAGAACACUGGAAGUUUACAGUCAAAAUCUUCUUCUGUUUCUUCAAGCCCACCUUUGAGGUAUGUGAUUUUUAUUUUGUUACUGACUUUUUAUUAACUUUGCUUUAUCCCUGACUCAGUUGGUACUGUUCAUUUG